AUGAAGAAGCUGCAGAUGCAGCUAUCACCGUGGACGACGUGCGACGCUCUCUUGAGCAUCUUGACUGUACUUCAUCUCAGUUUUGUCGUAAUUAACAUCAGGACCUUAGCCCCCGGCACGCCAACCUCACUGGCAGCGGGAAUUCUCAACUUCAUCGCCGUUUUCGCCGCCACUUUUCACUCGUUCCUCGAAGACCAACGCUCCACUCGUCCAUCCGACUUGCUCAUACUCUACUUCUCAGCCUCUGCCAUACUCUCACUACCGCGUCUCAGAACGUUAUGGCUCAUCACCAGUGCCGGAGCGCCCAGAGGUCUCUGGACUGCCAUCAUCGUUCUCACCAUCCUAGUCGUUCCCUUGGAGUCCAUCGGCAAGAAGCGAUUCUUGCGAACAGAGUACCGGGCUCUUACAAAAGAGGAAGAAACUGGCUUCUGGGGCCGCAGCUUCUUCACCUGGCUUAUGCCUUUCUUCCGUCUCGGCUACUCGCGGGUCAUUCACAUCCGGGAUAUGCCGGAGGUUGACAAAGACUUAGCUGGAGAUAGAGCAGGAGCAAGCCUCGAGGCAGCGUGGUCGAAGCGCAAAGGGCAGAAGUAUCAUGCUUUGAUCCGCUCCGGCUUUCACGCAUAUCGCGGGACUCUCUUCGCCGGCGUCAUAACACGUCUCUUUCUCACUGCGUUCACGUUUUGCCAGCCAUUCCUCAUCACGGCGACAGUGAAAUACAUGCAGACGCCCAAGACGCCACAGUCUGAGAGAUAUGGGCAAGCACUUGUCGGGGCAUAUGUUCUUACGUACCUCGGUCUAGCGGUCUCCCGAGCUGCAUUUUCCCGCCACCAGUUCCGCUUCACGACGAUGCUUCGAGCCGGGCUGAUGUCCAUGAUAUUCAGACAAACUAUCUCUCUCAAAGCAGAUGACUUGAAAGAUAGUGCUGCGGUUACUUUGAUGGGCACAGAUAUCGAACGCAUCGUACUCACGUUCAACAACCUUCAUCAGAUUUGGGCUGCGGUUCUGGAAGUUGGCAUCGCAAUAUUCCUCCUGCAACGUCAAAUAGCCUCUGCAUCUGUAGUGCCAGUCGUAAUUUCUAUUGUCUGCGCUUUUGGCGUCAUCCCAGUCUCUAAGACCAUUGGAAGGGCACAAACGGCCUGGAUUGAACGUUUACAGAAGCGAGUAGCAGUCACAGCCUCAAUGCUGGGAGAUAUGAAGUCUAUCAAAAUGCUGGGUCUCUCAGGCGUGUUGUCAACCACUAUCACAGAGCUGCGACGUGUCGAGUUAAGGACCUCUGAGAAGUUUCGCAAAUUAGUACUCUCUCAGAUUCUUGUUUCAAAUCUUCCUGUCGAAUUUGCGCCAUUCGCGACAUUUGUCAUCUACAGUAUAAUCGCAGUCAUCACCAAAGAUCAAACACUGACGACAACGAAUGCCUUCACUGCUCUGUCUUUAAUCGGCCUCUUGACAGAACCACUUUUGCUAUUCUGCCAAUUCGUGCCUAACAUUGUACAAGGGGUGGCUUGCUUCAAGCGCAUCGAAAUAUUUUGUCUGAAAGUGCACGAAGGAUCACUGCGGGAACACCCAACACCUCCAUCGCGCUCAUCAGUCACCACCUUGAACAGGACAAGCAUCGAGCUCGCGGAUCAUUCAACGCAAAAGUCAUCGGAAGUAAUGAUAAUCUCGUUCUGCAAUGCAAAGAUCUCCUGGUCGCCUGAUUCAGACACAGUCUUUAAAGACCUAUCCUUGACGAUAAAGAAAGGCAUCACUAUGGUAGUAGGCCCUGUUGGAUGCGGAAAGUCUUGCCUGAUGGAGAGUAUCCUCGGAGAGACAUCACAUAGCGCCGGGACCAGAGAGUGCAUGGCUCAUGGUAUCGCCUACUGCGCGCAGACUCCGUGGAUGAUGAACGACACCGUGAGAAGGAACAUCACUGGUGGCUUCGAUCAUGAUCCGAAAUGGUUCGACCAAGUCUUGUGGCUGUGCUCCUUGACUGAUGACGUCAAGAAUAUGCCUGGAGGAGAGUUGUACAACAUUGGCAGUAACGGUGUCGGCUUGAGCGGAGGACAGCGACAGCGUGUGGCACUCGCUCGCGCGGUCUACUCCAGACACCGAGUUAUAGUUCUCGAUGACAUCUUCGGCGGCCUUGAUUCCAAAAGUGUCAGCCAGAUCUCAAGCCGUCUCUUCAGCAAGGAUGGUCACUUCCGCCGGAACGAUAUCUCCGUCAUUCUUGCGACUCACACCAGUGCCCUAAUUCGACAUGCAGAUGAGUUAAUCGUUCUUGCCGAUGGUGAAGUCCUGAGUCAGGGCCCAUAUCAACAGGUCCUUGCUAGCUCGCCUGACUUUAUCACAAAAUCGAGAUCAGAAGAUAACGAUAAUCUUCAGAGCGGUGAAGAUUUGGAGCAAGCUGAGGAGGCUUUGAAACCCACACACAUCCAAAGGACCCUGGAUGCCGAGGAAGAUAGACUGCGCCAAAACGGUUCUUGGUCAGUUUACAAGUACUACUUCGAGCGAGCUGGUUGGCUGGUAGUUGGCGCGUUCGUCUUCGCCACUUUCACCGAGGCGUUUUGCAGCGGGUUUACAAAUAUCUGGUUUCAAUGGUGGGUAGAAGCCAACGAAAAACGGCCAAAUGACAACCUCGGCAUGUAUCUUGGGGUUUACGCCCUUCUCUUCGCGAUGGCGUGCAUUGGGCUUUCUGUGGAAUGCUGGCUCCUCUUCAUACGCAUCAUCAGCGCGACAGCCAUGAGCCUACAUGGCGAUUUACUGCACACAAGCUUGAGAGCACCUCUUAGCUUUUUCCAGUCCACUGAUACAGGUUCAAUCACCAACAGAUUCAGCCAGGAUCUCAAUCUGGUUGAUGUGACUCUUCCGUCCAACGCCAUUAACUUUGCCUCGAAUGCUUGCGCCUGCAUCGUGAAGCUCAUCAUACUAUGUGUCAUGGGCAAGUACUUGGCGACAUCCGUGCCUCUUCUAGUGGGUGUGCUCUUCUUCGUUCAACGAUACUAUCUCCGCACUUCUCGCCAAGUCCGUCUCCUCGACAUCGAAGCCAAGGCCCCAAUCUACACCCACUUUCUUGAAACACUUAAGGGCGUUGCCACUAUUCGCGCCUACCAAUGGCAGGAGAACUUUGAGGAGCAGGCGACAAAACUCCUGAAUACGUCACAGAAACCCCACUACAUGCUGGCCUGUAUCCAACAAUGGCUCGCGCUCGUUCUGGAUCUCGUUGUCGGGGCUCUAGCUCUCAUCAUCGUCAGCAUGGCAACUUCCAUUACCGAUAAGUUUUCUCCUGGAGCAAUUGGUGUGUCUAUGGUCUUGGUCCUGGGGUUCAACAAUUCUCUUGCGACCACAAUCAAGAAUUGGACUGCUCUGGAAACUUCCAUCGGUGCUGUGGCCAGAAUAAGAGAGUUUGCACAGACAACGCCUUCCGAGGAGCGUGAGCUGGGAAGCUCCGGUGUCCCUCCUGAAAGGUGGCCAAUGCAAGACGGAGACGCAACUCUGAAAAGCUUGUCACUUUCAAUAUCAUCCGGUCAGAAGAUUGCAGUCUGCGGGCCAUCAGGCAGCGGCAAGACCUCAUUUGUUCUCUCACUUCUUCAGAUGAUUGAAGUUACUGACGGGAAGAUUUCUAUCGAUGGCAUCGAUCUCGAAGGUCUGGAGAGAGCGGAAGUACGUUCACGAAUCAACGUCAUACCCCAGGAGCCAUUCUUCAUCCCGGGCAGCGUCCGCUUCAACUUGGAUCCACACUCCCGCGAAAGUAGUGACACGAUUAAAGCAGCACUCGAUAAAGUUGGCCUCCUGGGUAAGAUCGGAAUGGCAGGUGGUCUAGACAGUGAACUAGAUGCCGAUGGGUUCUCAGUAGGGGAAAGACAACUUCUAGCAUUGACGCGCGCCCUUGUUGAAAAGAGCCAAAUCUUGAUCUUGGAUGAAGCUACAAGCAGCGUCGACCAAGACACGGAAGAUAAGAUGCAGCGAAUUAUUGGGGAAGAGUUCUCAGAGCAGACUGUAAUCUCUGUUAUACACCGUCUGAGAUUCAUCGAAAAGUAUGAUCGGGUACUCCUCUUGAAACAGGGAGAGGUCGUGGAGUGGGAUACCCCCGAUGCCUUGCUAGCGACUGAUUCCGAGUUCAAGAAGCUGCUGUCAGCUACGCAAACUUUGCAUUGA